AUGAAGGACAUCACACUGCACGCCUCGAACCCCGACGACCCCCCGUCGUACGAGGACGCCAUCAACAGCCUGCCGGUGGCAGCUGCGCCCGCUCCCGCGCCCCCGCCGGCGUCCGGGUCCCCCUCUAGCGUUAGCGUGGCGCCAGCCAUGACGGUCACUACGCACAUCGCGGCCGCCGCGGCCGGUGUGCGAGCAGAUCUUGUGUGUGUUGCCGCCGGAGUGCGGCGCGAGCUGGUAGGCACUGCGGUCGGGGUCCGCCACGAACUUGGCGAGAUCGCGCGCGGCCUUGGUUGCGUGUAUAGCGAGGCGCACAAGGGUUGGAUCGAGGCGCGAAGCCUCUUGAGGCCCGAGCCGCGGCGCUCGGGUUGUGCCCGCCAAACACGACCGCUCACCGGAUGCAAGCGGGAGAAGGACUUGCCUUGA